AUGUCUCUGUUCGGCGAGUCCCCUCCACGCGAUUCCCCCCCUCGGGGCAAUUCAGCCAUGGCACGACCCCGUAACUCCCUCUUCGACGAGGAUGGCGCCAUGGCUCGAUCCACGUCCGACACCCUCUUCGACGACAACGAUGCGGCUGGCAGUGGCUCUCACUCGCCCUGGGAUAUACCAACACCGCGGAGACAACAAACACGUGCUGAUUUGAUUCGAUCUCUUCUUGCUGGCGUUGAUGUGCCAGAGAGCUAUGUUGAGGCCUUCGACAAUGCCGUCCGCGAGGACGGCAGCGCGGGCAAAGUCUCGUCGGCUGGCAUUACCAAGACGCUCGCAAGUGCAAAGCUCGACGCCGAUGAGCAAUCCCUGAUCAUGAACAUCAUUGCGCCGGGAGGCCAGGAGUUUGACCUCAACCGGGAAGCCUACAAUGUGCUGCUUGCUCUCAUCGGACUGGCGCAAGAGGGCGAAGCUGUGAGCCUGGACGGCGUUGACGAGCGCAGACGUAAUCUCCCUCAGCCCCGAUUAUCCAACGUCACCAAUAAGAAGACACCGGCCAACGCAUUCCCUGUCCCAUCCGAGCUCGCUGCCAAACCGCCACAGGCACCGGCGACUCCUAGGAAGAAUUCGACGCUGGCUGCGCGGCCGAAGCAGCCCUCGAUGGACGAAGACCCUUGGAAUACCCCCGACGUGCAUAAGAAUCACAAUCAUACCGCGAUAUCCCCGACAAAUGGAAACGGUAGUGGUUCUGCAAGUCCUGGUGUGAAUGGUGGCAAUUACGGAACCCUAAAUGCACCACCAGAAUUACCUCAACGAACAACUUCCACAUUCACGACCACGACUAUGGGCUCGGCCCCCGGUUCCGGCCGUCAAUCAGCCGCCUCUGGUUCUGUCCCAAGCGUGCCUGCGAACCCUGCCGGCGGCUGGGGCUAUUACGACGGUUCGAGUGCCACUCCUGAGCCCAACUUCAAUGGGCCGUCGAUCCAGCCCAACAGUCCGUUCGGCGGUGUUAACAGUCCAGGCGUGGGCCGGGAACCAGGUGCAAGCCCUAUGCUCGGCGCCGGCCACUCACGUACCAUUAGUGGUGGACGAACCGGCGGCGCUAUCGAGGAGAACAUCGUGGUGACCUUGAUGCCGGAGAAGGAGGGACUUUUUAUGUUCCAGCAUCACAACUACGAGGUCAUGUCUUCGCGCCGGGGGAGCAAAGUAAUCCGUCGGUACAGUGACUUUGUGUGGCUGCUUGACUGCUUGCAUAAGCGUUAUCCCUUCCGAGUUCUCCCUCUACUACCGCCAAAACGUGUUGCGGUCAACGGGAACCACCUCAGCAACGACGGGGCUUUCAUCGAGAAGCGUAGACGGGGCUUGGCAAGGUUUUUGAACGCAGUUGUUAGACAUCCUGUUCUCGGUCAGGAGCAGUUGGCGAUAAUGUUUUUGACUGUCCCUACGGAACUAUCGGUGUGGCGCAAACAAGCAACUAUCUCCGUCCAAGACGAGUUCGACGGCCGCCCCUUACCCCCUGGUCUCGAAGAUUCUCUUCCUGCUGGACCCUUGAACGAGCUCUUCGAUCGCACACGUGCUGGUGUCCGCCGUUCUGCAGACCUGUACAUCAACUCCUGCAAUCUGAUGGAUCGGUUGGUUAAGCGCUCCGAGGGCGUGGCAGCCGAUCAUGCUCGAAUGGCCCUCUCCCUCACGUCUCUCACCGAAUCAAGCGCAGACACGUAUGCUACCGACACGAAUGAUAUACCCUUGCUGAAUGACGGUCUGGCUGCCAUGAGCAAAGGAUUACGGACCGCGCAAGGACUGAUCGAGGACGAGAGCAAGGCUUGGGAUGCUGGCGUUCUCGAGGAUUUGAAGAGACAGCGGGAUGCGCUAGUCAGCGUUCGGGAGAUGUUUGAUCGCAGGGAGAGACUCGACAAAGACAAUAUCCCCUAUCUGGAGCGUCGCAUCCAGACUAAUGAGACGAAGUUGGCCGGGCUAAGAGCGAAGCCCGAGGGACUCGUCAAACCUGGCGAGGUGGAAAGAGUGGUGGAGAGUAUCAUCAAGGACAAGGAAAGCAUAGUGAACCAGCACAACCGCUCCGUCUUCGUCCGCGAGUGUAUCCGUGACGAGCUCAUUUUCUUCCAACAGACCCAGUACCAUGUUUCGCGAUGGAACCAGGAUUGGGCUCAAGAGCGGGUGAAAUACGCCGAGUUGCUUGCCGACAAUUGGAAACGACUACUGGAUGAGUUGGAAGGGAUGCCUCUUGGGGACUAG